AUGAACAUGGUGUUUAGGUGGCAUGCAAUUGCUUCAUGGACUUGGGAUGCACAAGAUGAUUCAUGUGGGAUUUGUAGGAUGGCUUUUGAUGGUUGUUGUCCAGAUUGUAAGCUACCUGGUGAUGAUUGUCCAUUAAUUUGGGGUGCUUGCAACCAUGCUUUUCAUCUCCAUUGUAUCUUAAAAUGGGUGAAUUCACAGACCCCUCAAGCGCAUUGCCCCAUGUGUCGUCGUGAAUGGCAGUUCAAGGGAUGAUGAUUAUGAUGACGACGACAAUGAAAUUCACAAGUUUAUUUAAUUUACCUGAAAGCCCACAAGUGAAGAAGGCGACAGAAAUCGAAUCUUUUUAAGCAUAGUAUGGAACAGAGAAAUUAUUUCUA